AUGACGUCCGAAGAGCCGAUCGAUGUGGUCGCAAAGUCGUCGGAGAAGAGGAACGGCACCAGCUUCCCGAGCGAGAAAACGGUCAACAACAAAGCGGAGAAACAAGAACACGAACAGAAGAUGCGCUCGCAGGAAUUGAUGAGACUCGUUUACGAACUGCCCGAGGAAAUAAAGAAACCGGAGAUAAGCGUAAACAACAUGCUGAAGGAAAACCCGCCGAUCACUAUAGUCGAGAUAACGGAACAAAAUGGUUGCGAAACGGAAUUGGCCGGCGCGAGGCAAAGUGACAGUGAUUAUUUCAAAUCUAGUCCCAGUGAUUUAGGUGACGCGUACAGCACGAUGUCCACUAGCGAUAUUACAAUGCAGCGUGCCGAUGAGUUCAGAGAAGUCAUAGACAGGUCUUCGCCCGAGGAAUGCACCGACGAGGAAUUGGCGGAGCUGAAGAGAUUAUUGGAGGACAAACCCAAAGUGCUUGAGAGGUAUUUGCGUGAGUGCGCGAACUCCGAUGAAAUAAAUCGGAUACACAACAUAACGUCCGGAGGUCCAUUGUCGCCAAGGCCGCACCACGAGGCGCGGAGCACAUCGGUGACGUCAGACCUGUUCCAACUGUGGCUGUCAUCAUCGCCGGUUAAGCGGUCACGUUCACCAAGCAGCUCGGCGCAAAGGCAACUGGACGAGGCUGACCUUUUUAUGGACCUGAUUAAGGAUGUCGCCAAUGAACUGGAUAUUGAUGUGCUGUGCCAUAAGAUCCUGGUCAACGUUUGUUUGCUGACAUCGGCAGAUAGGGGCAGUUUGUUCCUGGCCAAAGGGAUGCCUCCCAAUCGUUACCUGCAAGCGAAGCUUUUCGACGUAACCAGAGAUACGGAGUUAUACGACGCGUUGAAGACCGCGAGAACGCAGGAGAUCAGGAUACCAUUCGGUGUUGGUGUUGCAGGCCUGGCUGCGCAGACAAAGCAUCCCAUCAACAUCAAAAAUGCUUACGCAGAUCCAAGAUUCAACAGCGAAAUCGACGCAAGGACCGGAUAUAAAACGGAGCUGAUACUGUGCAUGCCAAUUUGCAAUUACGAGGGUGACGUUGUUGGUGUUGCACAGAUUAUAAAUAAAACAGACGGUUCGAAGGAAUUCUCGGCGAGAGACGUUGAAGUGUUUCGGAGAUACCUCACGUUCUGCGGAAUCGGAAUUCAGAACGCUCAGCUCUUCGAGUCGUCGGUGCUCGAGUACAAAAGGAAUCAGAUCCUUCUAGCACUUGCUAGAAGCAUUUUCGAAGAACAGAGUAACUUGGAGUGCCUUGUAACGAAAAUUAUGACGGAGGCGCGGGAGUUGCUCAAAUGCGAGAGAUGCGCGGUGUUUCUAUUGGACACUGAUCAUUGUGAAUCGAGUCAUCUCGAACGAAUAGUUCAACGGCCCGGAGGUCAAAGGAGCGGCACUUUGGCGCUGCCACCCCCCGCCCCUACGCGUUUUCACACGCUCUUUGAGCUGGGUGCGAAACAUUCAAAAACGACAUUGACGCCUCGACACGACAACCGAUCAACACUAGCAUCUAUCGCUCUAGCGGUGGCCCGAUCGAACAAAGCUCUUAAUAUAUCAGACGUCGAUGAGUGGAGGAAGGAAAACGGCAUGAUAUUGGCAGACGUAGACAUGGACGACGCAGUGUACGUUAGGACGAUGCUGUGCAUGCCGAUAGUAAAUGCCAAUAAAGACGUGAUUGGCGUCGCGCAGUUAAUUAAUAAGGAAAACGGUUCUCAGUUUACGGAUGGAGAUAUAUCUAUUUUCGAGGCGUUUGCGAUAUUCUGCGGCCUCGGUAUCCAUAACACGCAAAUGUAUGAGAACGCUUGUAAACUAAUGGCUAAACAAAAGGUCGCUUUGGAAUGUUUGUCGUACCACGCUACGGCGUCAGCUGAGGACACGAACAAACUGAGCCAGGACAUAAUUCCCUCCGCAGAUAGCUACAAUUUAUAUAGCUUCAAGUUUCACGAUUUCGAUUUAUCAGACGAAGAUACUUGCAGAGCAACGUUGCGGAUGUUUCUACAAUGCAACCUCGUGGAAAAGUUCCACAUACCAUACGAUGUUCUCUGCCGCUGGACGCUGAGCGUGAAGAAGAACUAUCGACCAGUGAAGUACCACAAUUGGCGGCACGCGCUAAACGUCGCCCAAACGAUGUUCGCUAUGCUCAAAACGGGCAAAAUGGAGCGUUUCAUGUCCGACCUAGAGAUACUGGGGCUGCUGGUCGCGUGCCUUUGCCACGACCUUGACCACCGAGGCACCAAUAACGCCUUCCAAACGAAGACGGAAAGCCCCCUGGCGAUCCUGUAUUCGACCUCGACUAUGGAGCAUCAUCACUUCGAUCAAUGCGUGAUGAUACUGAACAGCGAGAGUAAUAAUAUAUUUCAGGCACUGUCACCGUGCGACUACAAGGACGUCAUGAGGGUUGUGGAAACGGCAAUACUCUCCACUGAUCUGGCAAUGUACUUUAAGAAGAAAUCAAAGUUCCUCGAGCUCGUCGAUAACGGGGAGUUCGAUUGGCAGAGCCCGGAAAAAAAAGAAUUGCUCUGUGGCAUGAUGAUGACUGCGUGUGACGUGUCGGCCAUCGCCAAGCCUUGGGAAGUGCAGCACAAGGUAGCGAAGCUGGUAGCCGACGAGUUCUUCGACCAGGGCGAUUUGGAGAAGUUGCAGUUAAACCAGCAGCCUAUCGCCAUGAUGGAUAGAGAAAAGAAAGAUGAGUUACCACAGAUGCAAGUGGGCUUCAUCGAUAUGAUCUGUCUGCCACUCUACAAAGUCCUAUCGGACACGUUUCCUUGGAUACAGCCGUUGUACACCGGGACGAUGGAGAACAGGCAGCGGUGGCAGGACCUGGCGGAAAAGGUGGAAAUGGGCCUCACUUGGAUAGACCAUGAUACCAUCGAUAAGCCCAUCGAAGAGUUUACUGCAUCAAAUGAAGCAAUAAAAGAUGUUGAGUUCACCGUUACGACCCUUAAUUGCGCUAAACCUGCACCAGAAACGAGCAACAUGGCACUUGUUAAGAAAACUUAUUCGUUAAGAAGGCCUAAAGCUGGAAAUUUUCCAUCGAGGCCACCAAGGAACAAAUUUACUAGAUCCCUCUACGCGCCAAGCUCACAGGCCGAAGGGAGAGAGAAAGAGAGGGAGAAGACUCUAACGACGGUGCUGACAGAGAAGAACAAUCACUGCACCGUCGCUGUGCCACAUGUUGUGACGGUUAAGUUUUCACUGGACCAGCCAGAGCAGUACAGACAAAAAGGACAAAAUCAAGCCGUCCAAAUCGAU